AUGAUUUCAGUGGCCUACAUAUGCUUUUUCCAGACCCUGCUUCACGUCUCGAGAGCUUUGGACGACUACGACCAUGCAUCUGCUGUCGUGAACUCCUUGGCAGAGGUCGAGCUGACCGAAGCGGAGAGUCUUGAUGCCAAGCUCGACACUCUCGAGGCGGUGGCUUCCAAAGACUGCCCGAAGUGUGGUCGGAUGGUCUUCCGACACAUGGGCGAUGAGCACUGGGUGCUCGUCAUGAAGCUUAGCAAGAACGACUUCUGCUAUGGGUCCAAGAGAUGGAACGACGGGAAGUCAUUCAAUCCAGACAAGAUGAUCGAUACGACCAUGCCGAAUAUUCGCUCCUAUGAUGCAAAGCACAUUGCCUUUCACAAGUUGAAGCACGUGGAUGCCAUUAAGCUGCAGACCAACCGACUGGCAGGGUUUCGGGAGAUGCCGGUCAUUGAGUUUGCAGGCAAGGGCACGCCGGAGACCCUCAUGACCAAGAACAGCGUCAAGCUGAAGAAGCAUCCAAAUUGGCACGAUUGGUGGAAUUGGAGGAGGGCCUUUGGUAGUGACCGGAACCGAGCGCCUGCGUUUUUUCGCGCAGGGCGGAUCGUCACCGACCCAAAGCCAGUUUGUCGGAACAAGGGCUGGCACAUCAGCGGUUGUGGCAAGCCCUGCAUGUUCUGCAUGAUGGCCGGUGAUGGGUGGGGAUGUCCCACCAGUGCUCGUCACAACGACAUUAGCUCCGGCAUCGGCUUGAACGCUGCUCAUUGCGGCGGCGGAGGGAAGGAUGACUGCAGCGCCUCGGGUCAUUGGUCCGGAGACAAUCGAGUUCUUGUUUGGGCCCGCUUCUCUGCAUACCAGGUGACCACCACGACGACGACCACAGCCGCAUGCAAGAGCGGCGAUUGCUGUGGCAGCUUCGGAGGUCAAGGGCCCUGGAGAUGUGAUGGGCUUGAUCCGAAAAAAUGCAACGACACUUUUGUCGAGGUUGUUCCUACGGAGCAUGUGCAGUGCGGCACCGUGAAUGGCAUCUGCAUGGCUGCAGGAAGUAGCUGUCAAAACCGGGCAGAAACUACAGUUACGGAGACCGUUUACACACACUACGACUUGGCGGACGUCAGCGUCAGCGGUGGCCAUGCCGGGAUGUGGGGCGCACCUGUCGAGAACAUCCGAUCCGGCAAUCCGGGAGAGAAGACGUGGGCUGUUUGGGUGGGGAUUCCUGAAAUGCCAGCCGGGGGCAGCAUUACUAUGACGUAUCAGUAUACUGUGGGCUAUGGUUGCACAGGCAGGCAAGGAGGCCCAACUUUUGAUGUCUACGUCGGUCGCACGAAGAUCACGGACACUACCCAAGGUCCUUUUCUCGAUUAUCCUGCCGACCACUGUGGUGGCACGGGCUGCUCGACAUGCUACUCGCCUCUGCAAACCUUGGUUAUGCAAGUAGCUCCCGGCACUCAGGGCGAUUUCACCACGGAGAUCGUGAACAACCUGCGGAAUUUCCACCUUAAGAUCGAAGAGAUCAGACUUACCACGCCGAUCCUCUGA